GGUUUUAAUUUGGUAGAAUCUGACGUGUUCCACUGUCUUCAGAACCACGUGGGAAGCCACGCGGAGAAAAAAAACAAGGGAGUGGAGCGUCACGAAACGUGUUCGACGCGGCACCCCUGCACUCCUAUCAUUCUCAUUCUCUUCCCUUCUCGCCGCCACCGCUUGGGAGCUCCCCGAUCCUAUGCCUUUGCUCAAUGUGCAAGUCCAAAGCCGCCGUCUUGGCUGUCCCACCCAGACACAGGUCCAAUUUCAAGUCGUCCUCCGCCGCUUCCCCCUCCGGCGGCGUCAGCAACGGCUCAAACAACCGCCGCCGCCGCCUUCCCCCAACCUCCACCUCCUCCGGGAACUCAUCGGCGACUAAACCCUCCUCCUCUUCCGACGCCUCCGCCUCCGCUUCAUCCUCCGCCCUCAGCCUCGUCUCCCUUCGCGGCGCCCUCCAUGAGGCCCCCGCCAUCUACCCCUUUCCAGAGCUCUGCGCCGUCACCAAAAACUUCCUCGCCAAGCGCCUCCCCGGAGCCUCGUCCUCCGCCUGGCGAUGCACCCUUCGCGGCCGCGACGCCGUCGUCAUCCAGCGCCCCCUCCGCCGCCGCUCCCGCGACCUCCCCUCCCGCCUCGCCGACCUCGGCAGGUCCCACCAUGGCAGCCUCGCCCGCCUCCUCGGCGCGUCUACCUCCGGCGACAACGUUUACCUCGUCUACGAGUUCGUCCCCGGCGCCAGCCUCGCUAACUGCCUCCGAAACCCGCGGAAUUCCGGCUUCACCCCGCUCGCCUCUUGGGUCAGCCGCGUACAGGUAGCCGCCGACGUCGCCCAGGGCCUCGAAUACAUCCACUGCCACUCCUCCGCUGUCGCUGGCGUCCACAACCGGGUCAAGAGCUCCGCCAUCAUCGUCACACAGCCCGACCUCCGCGCCAAGAUCUGCCACUUCGGCGCCGCCGAUCUCGCGGGGGAGCUCCCUGAUCCCUCCGCCGAUGAGGCGGAUAUCACCUCGAUCUCCUCGCCACCGACGAGGAAGGGGUCGGGCGAGCGGCAGAUACAGAUCGAGGGGACGCGGGGGUACAUGGCGCCGGAGCUGCUCGCCGACGGGGCCGUCUCGCGCAGUUCCGACGUGUUCGCCUUAGGGGUGCUGCUCCUGGAGCUCGUCUCCGGCGAGGAGCCGCUCAAGUACCUGCACGACAAGGAGCGGAAGGUCUUCGAGGUGGUCUCCCUCGUCGACACGGCGCGGGAGGCGGUGGGAGGUGAGGGGGACGGGAAGGAAGAAGAGGAGGAGCGGCGGGGGAGGGUGAGGCAGUGGGUGGACCGGAGGUUGCGGGACUCGUUCCCGGUGGAGGCGGCGGACAAGCUGAUUACGGUGGCGCUACGGUGCGUGGAUGCGGAGGCGGCGGCCCGGCCGGACAUGACGUGGGUCGCCGGCAAGGUCUCCAAGCUGUACCUGGAAUCGACGGUGUGGGCGGAGCGAGUUAGCGUUCCGACCGACUUAUCGGUGUCCAUUGCUCCGCGGUGAGCAUAACCGGAACACGAUGGAUGUCUCGGCCCGAGAGGAAGUUUCGUCGCUUGGGGAUGUCGGCACGAAAUUUGAUGUUGGUUGGGAUCAUACUCCAACUCACCGCUGAUGUACGCCGCGAUCUGCAUCGUAUCAUGCCCUUUGAUUGGCGUCUUUGAGAUCCGUGCAAAACACUUCGAUCGUGGUCAACAAGUCCACGAACUCGAUUCCAUUAUUCUUCGUGCCUUAUCUCACACUCGUAACUUACACUCACCUCUGUACGCCAUACUUUGAAGGCUAUCAAAUCAAUUAGCUGAGACAAAGGCAUCAGACAAUUGACAAUGAAGGAAGAUCUACUGUGGUCAACGACAAUGUAGUAAGGCCUUGUUCAUCAUCUUACGCUGAAUCUGUGAGCUGAGCUCAUGAAUAACAAGCCUUUACAGAUA